AUGCUUGCGGUGAUGAAUCCGUCCACUUCAAAUACAGUAUUCCAUCCCAGUUACAUGCCAAAAUUAUCGGAAGAGAACUGUGCAGUUUGUGGAGAUCAAGUAAAAAGUAGCAGGCUCGGAUGUCCGGCUUGCCUCAGUUGUAUGAUAUUCUUUCGAAGAUCAGUUAUAAAGAAUGCAGAAUAUAAAUGCCCAAGUAAUAAGGAUUGCCCUAUUUUUCAUGAAUACCGCUCCUCGUGUCGAUAUUGCCGAUUCCAAAAAUGCUUCUUGUCUGGUAUGAAAUCCUCUGCAGUUGUGACACGUGAUAAGUUGGGACCUCGAAGUCCUACUCAAAUACACUCCGAUGUACCUAAAAAUCUGAUGGGUCCCUUGACUUAUCUCCAACAGAAAAUAAUGGAAGAACAUCAAGAACAGACUGAAGAACCAACGAGAAGAGCUACAGUAUCCGAUGUGAAUCGAAUGUUUAAAUGGAGUUUCAACGAUGCCGUCGAAUGGGCUUCACAGUUUGAACCCUUCUUGAGGCUGACCAAUGAGGAACAGAAGUGUGUAAUUUCUGAAUACGGAUUCGCGUUUUUCAUUAUUGAUCAAGGCGUGAAAAGUGCUAAAGAUUGGAGGUCUGGGUACUGGAUACUUCAAAAUGCAACUUUUCUUCAUGUAGAUUACUUUCAAGGUCUAGAGAAUAUAUCAUGCGUAAUAAAUGAAGACAAAAUCAGAUUUCAUUCCGAGUUUGUUGCAUAUCUGGAAACAUCGAUUAAAAGACAAAUUCAAAUAUUGCAAAUUGAUGAGUUCGAAAUUGCAGCUUUAAAAACAUUACUACUGUUUUCAAGUACCUUCCCAAAGAGAAACAUAUUCUCGGAAUGCCAAGACAAAGUUGAGAAUUUCAAAAAUAAAUGCUUGGAAGAGUUGAUGACUUAUUUGAUGGAAAAGUAUCCAACGAGCCAUGAGACACGAUUCGGAAAACUGAUUUUGUUCAUAGGCGACAUCCGAGCAGCAAUAAAGGUGGUUUACAAUCAAACGAAAGUCUCAGAUCUGUUUGAUACAUCAAAGUUUGAUAUGUUCGUUCGAAGUUUCUUCUUGUCUUGA